AACUUCAAACCCACCGAAUAUUUUUAGAAUUUUGCGAACGGAAACAUUUUUCAAUGGGCUUUUAUCUCGUGGUAGGUGAGUUCCAAGAAAAGGAAAAACUCGUGGCGGCUGCCAGCAAUGAACACUUCGCCGUUUCUUCUUCCAAUGUGUCACCUCUGAACACCAUGGCGACCUCGGGUGCAGCGCGGCGAGGAGCAUGGAUGAAGCGCGAGCAAUGUUCCGGUCCUCCUUCUCCAUCUCAUUCUUCCCUCUCACUCACGUUCCCUCUAGCUCUCCAAAGGAGUGCGAGGAGCAUGCAUGGAUGGAGUGUGUGCUGUAAAAAUGGCGGGAGGCAUGCAGUACGUUCCUUUCUUGUCCUUCCUGGCAGAUUCUGAUCUAAAGAGGAAUGGGAGAAAAAGCUCACCAAAAUGGAUCGGCAGCGGCAUACAUUGCCUGCAACUGCAAGCAAGGAACCAUAUGCGAUGCGUGGAUGCUUUGCCAAAGGGAAAGCAACAGCAAGGUGCCAAGAGCAGCUCGAGCCAUUACCGCUACACCACCCGUCAUCUUCUCAAACACACACGCCUUCUCCUUCCAUCUCUUGCGGCGCGUUCUGUCGCAGAGUGGAAUUUCCUUUUGAUGCAAGCAAAAGAUGAUUGACUGAUCGUGUACAUAUCUUCGCCUGAGACUGGGUUUCUUGGAGAUAACAUUUUUAUUUCCUCUGCAAGUGUCCUUAACUCGCUCCUCCUCCAAGCUCCAACCCUCGGCGCUCUAGAGGUACUUGCUGCAAUGCACCAAACCAGUAGUAAUUUUAGAGAAAGUGGACUCAGGGUGGAAGAGGUUGGGGAAGAGUGGGGAUUUCAGGAAAUUUGGUGCAGGGGAGGGAUUCACCAAAUCCCCAAUAAUCCCUAGCCCCCUUGGGGCUUGAAAACCCUUUGUGCCAAACAAGGCGGCUAUGGCGUAACCGCCGCUGCCCACGCUCCCCUCCGGUGCCUCCCCCGGCCCUUCCCUGCCCCUCGCUGCCGAGAGAACGCCGCCAUGGCAAGCCUGCGGUGUGCGCCUCCUGCUGGCCGCGGCCGUCCGUGCCGUGCUAGCUCCCUCCAUCCCCGUCGGCGUGCCUCAUUGGCAUGAGAGAGGAAAUGUGGCAGGGUAUGUUGAUUCCGGCUGUAGUAUUUCAAUCCACCAGUAACACCGUGGAAUCGCCGGAUCCAGUUACCUUGGCCUGGGGAUGAUACAGCAUCGAUGUCAAGAUUGGACUGUCAAAUAAGAUGGAGGUACUAGUAUACUCGCAGUAGUAUGUUCCUUUAGCAAGGAACCAUGCCAUGCUUUGGCAAAAGGAAAGCAACAGCAAGAUGCCAAAAGCAGCUCGUAGCGUUACCAUUACGCCACCCAUCUUCUGUUCAUCCCGUUGCAGAGCUCUAACACAAAAUGACAGAGAAAAAUUUUGUUUUUUUUCAAGCAAGAUGAUGGAGUGAUCAGAGAUACCUUUGCCUUGGGCUGGGUUUUCUUGGAGAUAACUCUUCUUUUCCUCUGCAAGUGUUCUUCGCCCCUCCUCGACCUGAUUCGCCCGUGGAGCUCCAGAGGUAGGUGCUGCAAUUGCAUCUUAUACCAUCACCCCUAUCUGCUUAAGAAUUUCGCACGAGCAUUUAAACAACUGAUAUACAAUAUAACAAAAAGCAGCACACGACAGUUGCUUCCUGUGUAGUAUACCUUUUUUUACUAGCUAGGUUGCUUGAAGAGGGGGGCUUACAGGGGAACUGUUAUGCACAAAUUGCUAAUAAGGCUACUCAUUAUAACUAGUUUCACUUAACCAAACUGAUGACAGGGAGAUGAUGGAUUGUAAUAAGAUUGGUAACUAGUAUGUUUCUCUCUUUUUCCAUUACGCAAAGGAAGUUUGUGCGAUGCCUGGCAGAUUCUGCUCUAAAGAUAAAAGAAAAGUUCACCAGUGGACCAGCGGCGAUCGACACUAGCUACCCGCAAGUGCAAGCAAGGAACCAUGGAUGCAUGCUUUGGCAAAAGGAAAGCAAUAACAAGAUGCCAAAAGCACAUACAGUUACCAUUACACCACCCAUCUUCUGAAACAUACGCGUCUGCUCUACCUUGCAGUGCGCGUUCUGUUCCAGAGCUCUACCAAAGCUCGUGCCAUUGACAAGAGCGAAAUUUUCUCUUGUUUUAAACCAAGAUGACCGAGUGAUCAGAUAUAUCCUUGCCCGGGACUGGAUUUCUUGGGGACAAAUUUUCUAUUCUCUGCAAGUGUUCUUCGCUCCUCCCCGGCUUGAUUCGCGCUUGGGGCUUCUAGAGGGAGUGGAGAAAUCUGCGCCCCAUGGGUUAGAUAUUUGUUUAUCCCGGUCUUCUUCUGCUGGUAUUAGUUUUCUGUCAAGAAGUUCAACAUGCCCACACUGUAUGUGAAGGAUUUUGAUGACGCCGUCAGACAAGUGGUUGAUCUUUUGUAUGAAAGCGAUGGUACUGCAGAAGGCAAAAUUAAAACAUUCUUGCUUCAUGGUUGGUUCGACCAGACUCGGUUAUUGGGAGGAUAUGCUGUUCUUAGAGCUAUAGCGAAACUUCUAAAAUCCAAAAUACGUGAUGAUUCUGACAUGAGAAAGCACUUUGACAGAAUUAUCCAUGUGGACUGCUCCCUGUGGAAAAGCAGCAGGACCAUGCAGAGGACAAUAGCAGAGGAGUUGAACCUUCGCCAUGUAAUGCACAUAUUUGAUAAGGAGGAUGAAGGUGAUGAUUUCAGUGGGGUAGACAACAGCUCUAGAAAAGCGAUACCAAGGAUCGCAAGUUUGAUUAAUAAGUCUCUAAGAGAUGAAAGAUUUCUGAUGAUUUUUCACAAUGGAGGAGGUGAAGGUAUUGAUAUGGUAGAGUGUGGCAUUCCACUUUAUGGUGAAGGUAAAUUGUUAUGUACCUAUGGUGGAAGAUUUUUGGGGGACGAGUGGAAAGAAUUCAAGUUGAUGCACACUUCUGCUAAUAUUAAUAUUUAUCUGGCGGCAUAUUCUACAUAUAUUGCUGCACCACUUAUUGAAAAUGUAUUGCACAAAGAAGCUGCUGCAGUGAUUGGUGACACCGGUCUGGAUGGCAUCAACACAGAAACAGUUUUGGAUUGCUUCUUGUACACAUUAUUCCUAACAACAAGACUACCUGAAAACUUUACUGGUGUUGACUAUGGUUGGGCGACUCAUGCUUGUAACUACUGGAUAUGUGAUGGAAUCCUUGGUGAGGACAAAACAUGGGAGAUUGGCAAUACAUUGUAUCAUGUGAUACCACUGUUGGGCAAUUCUACUUUCGAAACAAGACUUUUGGAUGGACAGAAAAAACCCUAUGUGGGCUGGUAUUCAGUCACCUCCAACAAACUAAGGGCAGACGAUAUCUCUAAUGUUCCUGGCAGUGCAUCAUCAUAUUUCUUAACAUUUCAGGGAGAUGAUGAUCCAGUAUAUGUACGUAAUGAUUUGUUUCAACUAGCCAGCAACAACCUCCGUGUGCUAAAACUCUACAAUUGCAGCUUCAAUUUUGCAUCUCCUCCUUUUCAGUGCUGCCACAACCUAAGAUUCCUUUGGCUUGACCAUUGUGCAAACACUGGGAAGAAGCAAAGUGGAGGGCCAAGUUUUCUGAACCUGCUGGUGCUUGACAUACGUUUCACAGAUUAUGUUUUCUUGCCUCAGAUGAUUGAACUGAUGACCAAUCUCAGGGAGCUAAAUACAAAGGGGGUCUCAUGGAAGACUGCAAGUCAUGCAUGGAAAAAGCUACAGAAGCUUCAGAAGCUCCGAUUAACAGAAUCUUCAGAUGUGGUCACGGUGGACAGUUGCUCUUCCGUAGAUAUGAUGAACCUGGAGCUGCUUGACUUGUCCGGCAACACUCACCUGGAAUCAUUGCCAACAUUAUCAUCCGCAAGAAGCCUGAAGACGCUUAUUCUUGAUGGUUGUUCCAGCUUGGAGCAAGUUGCCCUGCAAGGAGCUCCUCCACUGCUUGAAAGUUUUAGCUUCGAUGGUUAUGGCCCAGCAGAGAAUUGGACACAUUCCAUACACCUGCCACAAAAGGAAUUGCGCCUCAAGUCUCCUUUAGCUCCGGUUGAAAUAGUCAAGGUGACAAAGAUCUCCCUACACGGUUGUGGUCGAUUGCAUAACAUAUUCCUGCGUGCACUGCCCAAUCUGGAGGAACUGGACCUCUCUGGUACAGCUAUUAAAAUAAUUGACCUCAAUGCAAUGGAUGUCCCGAAACUCAAGAAGCUAUUCCUACUGGGCUGUGAGCGGCUCCGUAGCCUAAUCUGGAAAGGAUAUUCACCUAGACUGGAAGUUCUACAUGUGGAUACUCAAGGGACGAAAAGAUCAGUGGUCUGCUGUGGAGAACAGGGAUCGUUUCACUUUCAGGCACAUAUUGUUUUUACAGAUGGAAGGUUCAUUUGGUCAUUCUCAGAGGGGCUCAAUAGCCGAUCACAAAAUGUUGUCCCCAAGGUGUACCUCCUUAUCUCUUGUACGAGCCGUAGCCAAGCCAACAUCACCAAAAGUAUCAAGGAGAUUGGAUCUAGCCGACAGGGUUUGUUUCCAACAAGGCCGUUAUUACCGUAUAAUGAUAUUGCCAUGGCUAAAGAUGUUACAUGCUCGCUCUUGGUGUGGAACUGUCAACAGCUCCAAACUUUGAACGUGCAUAUCGAGAUUGGUAAAGGAAGCUAUAAUUUAGAGAGUAUGCAAGAUGAAGAGGAUUUCAGAAGUUUAGCAGAAGAUGUCGUUGAAUCAUUGCAUGUGCAUGACAAUUGCUCCAUCACUGCUAUCCCCCCAACGGAUUGGUCAUACUGGCGGAGACUAAAAUGGUGUCAUGUUGAGAGGUGCCCCAAGCUACACUCUGUGUUUCCAUCUCGGGAAAGAACAUACAGCUUUCGGCAUAUAAACAUAUUUUCAGCUUCUGAUCUCCUGGUGGCCUAUUGCAUCUGGGGAGGCAUCCAGAAAACUUGGGAUGACCCUUAUCACACACACCAGAGUCUCCAACAACUGCAGCACAUAUACCUGUACAAUUGCCCAAGGCUGGUGUUCGUCCUCCCCAUUUCCUUCACCUUGCCCAACUUGGAGACCCUCCAAAUUGCAUACUGCAGUAACCUCCGGCAUGUUUUCCCAUGGGACCACGAGACUGAGCAAAUAGCAUCUGGUUUCACAUUCGACAACCUGAAGCACAUCAAGCUACACCAUCUUCACAAGCUGGAGCAGAUAUGUGAGGUCAAAUUGACUGCACCUGCGUUGCAGACAAUUGGCCUCAGGGACUGCUGGGGUCUCAGGCGUCUCCCGGCUGUAGCACGUCAAGGUCCUAAGCCGGUGGUGGACUGCGAGAAGGACUUGUGGGACAAGCUCAAAUGGGAUGGCUUGAGGGCUGGACAUCACCCAUCGCUCUUCGAAACGCGCCACUCAACCUACUAUAAGAAGACCCUCCCGAGGGGCUCCUAUCUAAGGUGAUCUGUUGUUGCUCUGCUCUACGACACAAGGAAAUUGGUCUAUGUGAAGCAUCAGUUUGCUGCUGUUACAAUUACAAGUCAUCGUCUGACGUCUCCGAGGUGUUUCUCCAGCCGUAUGUGUGUUUGCAAAUUAAGUGUGUUCAUGCUGCUGCAUAUACUUGCACGGUGAAUAAAGUGUGUGUUUCCUUCUCACUGAGCUGCCUUGAUCUUGGUAUGCUGGAUUGGAUUGGUGUGUUUCCUUUCCACCAAGCUGCCUCGAUCUUGUUAUGCUUGAUUGUAUUGAUGUGUUGUGCUGCUACUUCGACUUCGAGUGCUGGUUUUCCACAGCUUGGUGCGAUGUUCACAACCCUGAUAGUUUGUGUUGGUUUGCUGUCUGUUUGUAAUAAGAGGGUGUGCGUGCAUCGGUGCACGUCAACCCAGUGUGGUGUGCGACUGAUGAACCUUAAAUUCAGCUUGGUUUGAUGUAUGUUUGUUUGACGAACCUAUAUAUCGUUUCAUUGUGAUGAGUUGUGUGAUUUGCAUGAGUUUGAUUAUUGCUUGUUGUCUACUAUAAUAUGUUGAGCUACGCUAGCAUCCUUUCAUUUUUGGUAUUUGUUUUUUCUCUUUUUGUUUUGCCAGGUCUUUCUACCAAACAUGUCUCAGAAGGUAGAAUCAUUUUGUUUCUUGGAUAGAAGAAACAUGGUACUUGCCUCUCAUUGGGUCUUAUCUAAACUGUAUGAUUUAUCCAUACUACCUGUGAUGUGCAUGCGUUUGUCUCUGUAGACUUGUUUUUUAUAUCACUGUAUUCCUCAACAGUUCAAUUUUCUUCUGUGGACUUGUUUCAGUGUAAUUCCUACCUCUGUUUCAUCUUUCAUUUACCACCAGAGGAUUGUUAGUGCGCCACAUCGCGCACUCCAUGAUUUUCGUCAGCUAAUUUGUAGUUCAGAUUGCUCUCCAAAGAGAAAUCGAUAUUGCAAGAGAAGAAAACAGAAGGACAACCCAACAAAAAGAAACGGUAUAGAUAUUUUCUUUUAGCCUUAACAAGCAAGAGCAACAUUAGUGACCUAGGGAUUUCAUAUCUGAAAAUGGGGAUGGAUUAAGGAGCAGCCUAGAAAUACCCUGAAACUGGCAGCAAUUCUUUCUAUGCUCGUUGAAGGGAAGCACAAACAUAUGGAACUGAAAACACCGUGCACAUUCAUAUAUAAAUAAGAAAAUAGCUAAGAAUCCUUCACCAGAAGUAGACGCGAAUAUCUGGUGAACGUUCGCUGGAGCAAAAUUGGCAGCAAAAGCCCGAGUUGCCAUGCCAAAACAACUAAAAAUGCCAAGCUUUUGUUAGGGACUUGCCAUCUACGGGAGGGAAACUUGCCAUGUGUAUGGAAGAAUUGCCAACGAACACAUUUAUUUAUUUUUUGAAGAAAAAAAUACCAACCGUUUGAUUCCAGUCACACGGCUGUGCGGGCGUUCGCUGCGGAACCCAGCAAACGUUCGCUGGUUAACAUUUCUUUAACCAAAGGGGGGUCAUCAGCAGAACCACAAAGCAUCCAAGCAGAAGAGAGCAAAAGGAAAGGAAGCAGUGCAUAAGCAGAGGAGUUAGCUGUGAAAUCAUAGGAUAGCAGGCAUGAGUUUCAGCCCAAGGAACAGAGAACCAGAAGGAAGGAAUGAUCUUCAGCUAUAACUGAAUUCAAGGAGUACCCUUAUUCAUCUCGAGCUAUAACUGAAUUCAAGGAGUUUAAAUCGAAAGACAAGAGGAAAGUACCAAUUACCAACCGCAUUGGCAGCAUGGAAGUAUCACGCCACAGUUUCACCUUUGGUCGUUCACGCGCUCACACAGCAAUCUUAUUAGAAGGUUGCGUAUGCAUUUUGUAAGCAUUCGUCAAGCUACUAAACCAACAGGAUACUGAUUACGGAUAAUGCAGAGCAGCUCUACCAUAUGCUGAUCACUAAAGUUCGAUAGUUUACUAUGAAAAAAAGGAUUUAACGGGUCCUCUAGUUACAGCUUACAAGUAGCUAGUGACCUCAGCUGUGGAAUUAAAUCCAUAUGGACAAAAUGCUCCUGACAUGCAUUUAGGUAAAAGAUGGUGUGGUUUCAAUGAUGCGGGAAUCAGAAGCAAACUAAGAAAACUACUGUAUAUAAUAUAAAAAAUAAACUAUUAGCAAGAUUCUCAAUAUAUAGAUAAAACAUGAAGAUGUUUAAUCUUCUGUAGAGCAGGAAGAAUCAUCGUGGCCUCCACAUUUAGGCAAUCACCAAUAUAUAGUUUGUGAGAAGAUAGCACUCACUUAAAUUUAGCUAACUCAAAGCGAUGUGCCAUAUCACAAAUCUGGAGUUGUUAUAUGUGUAAAGAUUGUUGUCACUGGCAAAUAAAACACAAUAUUGGCUGAGAGCAGAAAGAAAUAGCACAGUGCAUAGUGCGCAAACGCAAUGUGCUGAACAGAAUCUAACUGCAACUAAAUAACUUGUGCCAGACCCUGAGUCCAAUGAAAUUCAGAUGAGACGACUGACUUCAGGUAACCUUUCUGCUACUGAAUACAGAUGCAAAGCAGAAUGUUUUCAUUGGCAAACAGAACGAAAUAAAAUACAUGCUUCACCAAGAUUACCUCUCAAGUUAUUAAAAACAAUCAUCGCAGUUGUCAUCCGUUAUGCGGAGGACAUACGGUUGAGUCGAUUGAUGUGAAUUUUGAGAUGAACUUUUUAGUUUGCAGAAAGUUAGGGGGUCUGAUGGGACAAGCAUUUAAACAACUGAUGCAAUAUAACAAAAAGCACCGCACAAGCAUUUUGCUAGUAGUUAAGCGCAAAGAGCAACAUUUCCCCAAUAAAACGAAGAGAAUGAUAAAAGGGAGAUGAUGGCAACCAGUUUAGAAAAACAUUGUAGUGAGAGUGGUAACUAGUUUGAAGAAAAUUGUAAAUAAGAAUCAAACUAGUCUGAAGAACAUCAUAAACAAAGACACAUUUAAAAAUCAAUUGGGGAAAGCAGUGCCAAAGCGGUAAA